CCAAACUUGGAAACCUCUAAAAUCCACAGAAAGAGAGACGGUAGAUUAAAGGGGCAAGAUUUCCCUUCUCUUUUGUCAUCCUCUUGCGAAUCGGAAAGCCGCCGAGUCACCACCGAUCCGCUACUUCUCUUCCGGCGUGUGAUGGAGGGAGUUGGGGCCCGACUCGGCCGUUCCUCAACUCGAUAUGGACCAACCACCGUGUUCAACGGUCGGGUCAGGAAGUGGAAGAAGAAAUGGAUCCACGUAUCCCCAUCAUCCAAUGCUUCGUCCAACCAUCACCACUCUCAAACUAACAACCGUACUACUAACGGUACUAACGUCUCUCAUCUAUUGCUCUAUAAGUGGACCCCAAUUACGCAAAGCCAGAACAACCAUAACAACAACAAUAAUGGCGACAAGAUCUCCGCACAAGACGACGUCGCCGCCACCACUGCCACGGAAGACCCGCCUCGCCGUAAAUUCAAAUACAUUCCGAUUGCUGUUCUGGAAGAACAAAAAAGUGAGGCUGCAGAGAAGGUUGACGAACCAAGUGAUACUGAGCCAAAUGCAGUGGAGAAGGUUGACGAACCAACUUCCAAGAGUGAUGGUUUUGAUGGAAAACCUGACAUAAAUGAUGUGCCCAUGGAAGAAACUCAGGCUCCGGGCGAUAAUCCAUUAGCACGGCAGGAUCUGAACAAAAGCACUUUGGAUUUAAGUUUGGGUUUAGCUCACGACUGUGACAAUGAUUCGAAAACAGAUCAAACUAAAGAUGGCCAGUUGGGAAAAGUGAAUUCAAGUAGUGCUGGCACAUGACGUGUUUAAGGAAAUCUUGGUUUAAGAGGAGAUAAAUAGCAUAUCAAUUUGUUCCUGAUUGAAAGAUUUAGCUUUCUCCUUCGGCUUUUUAUGAUUCUACAAGCUGCCUUGAGUAAGCAAAACUAAAGUGAUUCAUUUAAGUUCAGUCCUCAUUUGCUGCUCCCUCAGCUUAGUUGACUGCAAUUUGUAGCGAUUCAGUGUACCGACUCAACUGAGAUAGAUAAUCAAUAUUUUUUUUUUUUUUUUUACAAUUGAAUGAUUUGAAUUUGUUUAUGAAUAUUAUUGUUAUAUAUAUAUAUAUAUAACUAUACUGUGUUGGACAGACCAGAAAUACAGAGUGAAAUGGCUUGAUGAACUAA